CGCCGAUAGUUAUAUAUAUAUGCACCCAGUCACUAAGUCUUAAUAUAGAAGAAACCCUGGCCACGGUUGGCUGCAAACAACGGUAUACAACGUGACAGGAUGCUAGUGGUUGCUAUCCUCGUGUCGGUUUCGCUCUUUACUGCUGACUCUGUCGCUGUGAGGGAAAAUCAGGAUGUGAAUCCAUUGGAGAGAAGUCUUCCGGCGUAUUUGGCUGGUCGUACAGUUCGACUGGAAGGAGGCAACGGCACCUACGGGCGUGUGGAGGUCCUCCACAAUGGUGUUUGGGGUUCCAUAUGUGACGAUGGGUGGGACCUAAACGAUGGACGGGUAGUGUGUCGCCAGCUGGGCUUGCCCGGUGUCGUAGAAGUCUUCCAUCAGUCAACGUUCGGCCCAGGGCCGGGGCCGAUCUGGCUGGACGACGUAAACUGCAAUGGCGACGAACUGAUGAUCGAAUCCUGCAGCCACAACGGUUGGAACGUCACCGACUGCAAACACGAAGAGGAUGCUGGCGUGGCAUGCUUAGAAUCACCGACCGAGUUACAGCUGUUGGAGUUGCUGAAUGAAGAAGCGUUCAACAUCAUUCAGCAGUCGAAACUCAUCAAGCAGCGGCAGGAGACCAUCGAACAGCUGCAUCGUACAUUGGAAUCGCUGAAGAAUGCUGUGCAACCUGUACAACUGUAUGACGACAUCCAACAGACUGAAAUUGGACAGCUGUCGCAGCAGGCCAAUGCAAACAUGGGCCUGCUUGAGGACCUGAAAGAAGUGUCAGUUCUUCCAGUUCGCCUGGCAGGAAACAACUCGGACGCCACUCAAGGUCUCGUGGAGGUGUACUAUGACGGACAAUGGGGAACGAUAUGCGACGACAGCUGGGGGAUGGAAGAAGCAAACGUAGUUUGUCGUCAGCUUGGUUUCCCACAAGCUAAGGAGGCGACCCUAAGUGCAUCAAUUGGAGACGAUAACGAGAUCAUCUGGCUGGAUGACCUGAACUGCCUCGGGAACGAGACCUCUCUGUCCCAGUGUGCUCAUAAUGUCUGGGGAAACCACAACUGUAAGCACGAGGAGGAUGCCGGAGUCGUCUGCUACGGUAUGUCAGCUCUUUUUAAGGAGACAUCCUUCAGCGAAAGGGCUUUGUGA